AUGACGCUCCUCUUCAUUGACCUAUUUGACGAGGUCAUCGGGAACAAGGGUGUUCUGAAACAGCAGGAGGAUCUUCUUGCCCUCUUUCAAGACUCAGCGAUACAAUUGAAGACAAUGGUGCAGCCCAUCACUGAUAGCGAGGAUGACAACGACGAUGGGAACCCAAUCUCUGGGGCCACGCGGUUUACGAAUAUCCACGAAAGACCUUCUUGUUUUACUUCGACCUCGUCGACUCAUCAAAGUCCUUUGGGGCAGAACGGAGGCGCGGCCGACCGCUUGAGUCUUGCCAAAGGCAAUAGCGGCGGCGAAGUCGAUGGUUCACCUGCGGAUGCCAUGCCAGCACCAGCUAAUGUAGGACAUAUUGAGGCUCUGGACAUGCCACAUUUACCGACCACGAAGUCGAAUCCUCCUUCUCAGGCAUUUUGCCUUCAACUACUAGAGGCGACUCUAUCUCAAGCAUGCUUGAUACUAGCCGGCUGUCUACCCGUAUCACCGGGCGACUUUCAGAGCAUAUUUGGCGUGACAUUGCAGUACCGUACAAGAGAUGAACAGCUAAGCCAAAUACGCUACCUACUCGGCUCGGAUACAGAAAAGCGCCUGGCAGCAGGGAUGCCUCCAUGGAAUUCUGUGAGGGACUGGCAGGGCCAACAUAGUCUGCAGCUGGGAUUCGGCCUCAUCGCAGACUAUGAGGCUGAUGUGGUACAUGGCAAAAGCCUCCCACCAGGGUUUAUAACAGCACUUGAAGUUCAGAGACAAUUGCAAAACCUCGGUGCACGAAAGCUGUCCAGUAACACCCUCGAAGUCAACAUCACUUCGGCCGUGGAGGAUCCUGAUAUGGCUGCACGUGUUCUCGCGCCGACGCUUCGUGCACCCACUCUUCAGGCCUCCGAUUUUGGCCUCGCCAAAGCUUUGACUCUUCAGCUCAACAUGUCACUGCUUAUUACAAAUCUUACAAGUUCGGCGAAAUGCUUUAUGACUGGACCGGCUUACUCUCAGCUGGGCUUUUUCAAGGCGGUGGAGGCAUCCUUGAUAUCUGUCACUGACGCUUCAGCCGGGUAA